AGAGACACAUAGAGAGAGAGAGACUCGCUAAGCAACGACCUGCAAACGGGCAUCAGGAGCCAGUCCGAGCACAAAAAAACAGGAACCGCAUCAAUGUCGAGUGUCUUUGCCAUGUUCCCGACGACAGUUCUGCUCCGUCUGCUCUGAUUCCGUCGAAGUCGCCGCCUCUCGGAACAUCGGCUCCAGAGAUCCAGCCGGAAAUUGCCGCGUCUCUGCUCCUCGUUGCAGUUUGUUUUGACCUGCUAGAAGGGGAUCCUGCAAGAGGGAUUAGCGGUCCGUCAAUGAGGAACUACAGGCUCAUCUUCUGCCACAACCUGAAGCAGCCAUAGAUUGUUUGGUGGUUCUCUGGCUAAGGGAGGAGAAUAUUGGACACACUUUCACUGCUACACGACGUGAGGUCUUGGCGGGACUGUGGUGAGGAGGAGGAGGCGGCCAUGAGGAAGAGUGUGUCUCCGUUGCCAGGCAAUGAGGGCGGGAGCUCAGCCAGCACUACGCGUGUUUUUGGCGUUCCUUUGGAGGUGGUGACGCGCACACACACGAUCAGUGGCCAUGAGGUUCCUGCACUGGUGAAACACAUUGUCGACUACAUCGAGGAGCAUGGUCUUCUGGACCUGGAGGGGCUCUUCCUCGUUAAUGGCAACGCAGAGCGCGUGGAUUGGCUGCGGCAGCGGUAUGACAGUGGGGAGGAGGUGGAGCUAGAGAAGGAGGCGGACCUGGCCUCAGCUGUCAGUCUGCUCCGACUCUUCCUGCAGGAGCUUCCUGAGCCGGUCAUCCCGACGGCGAUACAGGGACACAUUCUACAGCUACACCAAGAUUACAGCAACGAAGAGGAACUGUGUAGAAACUUGAAGUACCUGCUGCAGCAACUUCCCCAGCUGAACUACGGCCUGCUGCGUUUCCUGUGCCGCUUCCUGGCCAGCGUGGCUUCCCUUCAGCAAGAGAGCUGGAACAUCGGGACGCUGGCCGCCGUCUUCGGGCCGGACAUCUUCCACCUGUCAACUGAAGGAGAGGACCUUCGAGACCAGGAGUCUGUCAGCAGAGUGCUGACCGAGCUGUUGGACAACCAAGAGGGCCUGUUUGACUCCGAGGAAGAUGACGUCUCCAGCACCAACGACUACAGCUCCAUCAAUGAACAGAUCACUGAGCUGUUGGACGAUGAGAAGUGCGAGGCCGAAUGCGAAGAGCUGCCUCAGGACGGAGAGGAGGGUCCCGUCUCCUCUGACUCACCACAACACACACACACCGAUGAACGCCCCUCAGCCAGCUCCCACCUCUCCCCGAUAUCCAUCCUGCCUGCUGACUCAGCUGAGAUAAUCCAGCGAACCAUCAGGGCCGCAGUUGAGCAACACUUCUUUGAUCUGAAAACCUCCAUCGACACCAACUAUGACAGCCGAGGAGUGAGUCCCAGUGAGCCUGCAGAGCCGGGUUGUCAUGGAGACGAGUCGCGCCAAACUGACCCCGAGGAAAGUCCCGGCGACACAGAAGGGGAGAGCCCGCUCACACAGACCGAGCAGCGCACACAACAAAGCCAGGAGGACGGGCAGGAUUCAUUUGACUCAGGCGCCGCCCUGGAGGAGAGCUCGGGGAUGGACCUGGAUGCCAGAGAUGCUGAGAAUAACAUCAACACUGCCAGGCCGGACAAUCAACCCUGUGACAACAUGGAGCAGAUUCAGACCAACACCAUAAGCUGUGAUCCGGGUUCAUGCCGCUGUGAUCAGAAUGCCAACACCAGCAAGACCAACAGGAACCACCCGUCGCCAUGCCAACCCAAGUCUGGCCACAACCCCCACCUCCAACUCUUCCCUGACAGCCAAUGGGAAGUAUCACCCCCCUCCCAUCUCCACCUCCCUCCCAUAGACUUCUCAUGUAUGCAUCUGCAAAAAGAUGGCCACGACCCCGUCCCCGCUUUCAAACCCUGGCAGGACGACAGCGAGAGCGGAGAGGCUCAGCUCUCGCCGCUCGCCGGCCGCAUGGUCACCCUCCCUCCUCUGCUGCUGGAGGACGAUGGCGAGGAGGACGUGGGGGAGGGAGGGCAGGAAGCCUCCCUCGCCCUCUCUCACCCUCACCUCCUGGCGCGGCGCUUCCUCGACUUCGGAGCGCACGGUGCCCAGCGAUUCCUGCAGCAAGACCCGGAUGCCACCUCCCCCACCAAAGCACAGAGGCCCCGGCGAGCGUCGUUUGGCUCCAAAGAGGCGAUGAGAGGAGGCGACUCGGUGACCCAUCAACUCACCAAGAAACUUCAGCACCUGAAAAAGAAAAUUAAGCAGUUUGACGAGCAAUUUGAGAAGGAAAGGAACUAUAAGCCCUCUCACGGAGACAAGGCAGCGAACCCCAAAGUCCUCAAAUGGAUGACCGACCUCACAAAGAUCCGCAGGCAGAUUAAAGGACGCCAGCACCACCUUUUACCCAGAAGCACGCUGAGGCACCAGGCUUUGCUCCAUUCAUACAGACGCCACCAUGCUCCCUCCUCCCCUUCCCCCCCCUCCUCCUCUAUCUGCUCACCCCCCCAUCACACACUCACCCCCCCGCUCCACCCCUACUCAGGCCUGAGCUCUAGACCGUAUCACCUCAAUGCCAAACACCGCGCCGAGAGCGAGCUCGGGCCCCUGACUCGUCCUCGGAGCAACACCUUGCCCAAGAGCUUCGGCUCCACGCUGGACCAAGGCGCUCUCGACGCAGCAGGAGAGAUGAAGGGCCAGGGCCCCACCCGGGAGGAGACACUGGAGCUGAUCCAGCACCGGGUCAAAGGGAAGAAGCAGGAGGACGGCUGGCCUGAUGACAUCAAGAAGAUGACCAAGGAGCAGCUGUCCUGUGAGAAGACGGUCCUGCAGAAGAACCUGCUGCACUACGAGGGCCUGCACGGUCGACCCGUGACCAGAGAGGAGCAUCUGGUGGUGAAGCCUCUCUACGAUCGUUACCGAUUGGUUAAACAGACGCUCACCAGAGUCAGCAUCGCCCCUCUGACGGUGUCCCCCUCCAGUAAGAGAAGAACUCAAACCCUCCAACCAAUCAUCGAGGGCGAAACCGCUCAUUUCUGGGAGGAGAUCCAAGAGGAGGAGGAGGAGGAGGAGGAGGGGGAGGAGGAGGAGGAGCAGAAAGAGAGAGAAGGAGAAGGAGGAGAAGAAGAAGACAAGGAGGAGGAGCGGGAGGAGGAGGAGGAGGAAGAAGAGGACGACGAGGAGGAGGAAGGAGAGAGCAGCGGAGGGGAGAUGCAGAGCUCUGAGGUCAUCAUGGCCGUCGACCUCGUGACCUCGUCCGAAGGAUCCACGAGGAGCCGGAACCACCCUGACGGGCAGAGCGAUUGUCCAAUGAGAGCCAAGGUGGAGGAGGGGUCGGGGAAGCUGGCGCUCGACCUGCGGCUGUCCAGCUCCAACGCCUCGUCCAUGCCCGAGCUGCUGGAACAGCUGUGGAAGGCCAGAGCAGAGAAGAAGAAGAUGAGGAAGACCAUCCGAGAGUUUGAGGAAGAUUUCUAUCAGCAUAAUGGAAGGAAUGUGCAGAAGGAGGACCGGGUGCCGAUGCUGGAGGAGUACCGGGAGUACAAGAGGAUCAAAGCCAAACUCCGGCUGCUGGAAGUCCUCAUCAGCAAACAGGACUCCUCCAAAUCCAUCUAGACGUCCUCCGACUGCUGCUGCCACGCACCAGCCGCUCGCCACCGCAGAGAGGACACGCCCAGGACGUCCGUCGGUCCGUCGGACACAUCACAUGACUUGCCUCCUCCACUUGGUGUGCUGCAUUCAUGUGAUGGAGCUCAGUUACAGUUUGUGUCUUAAAUUGACUUCUAUGUAAAUAUUGUUUGAGGUUAAAGGAGCGUUUCCAGUAAAUGGUGUAAAGCUGCAUUUUAACCAAAGUGUUGGUACUUUUCAAAUAGCGCCGAUAAGAUAAUCCUCGUAUGAGCGAUGUCUUUCUGACCAGCGGCGACAUCCAUCUAGUGUAGUUUAAACACUUUAUUGGUCACAUUUUUCAAAUCUUUAUGGCGAAAAAAGUAAAAACUAAAGUGCUAAAAACGACUUUUAGCUGCUCUCUGUUUUUGUUUUUGUCGCUUAUAAUUUUUUUUCUGAAAAGCGUCGUCCGUGAGCGAUGUGCGUUGACGGAGCUUUGAGCAGAUUUUAGUCAUUUUGAUCACUAAAUCAUAACAUUUGUUCUAUAUGAGUCUUUAUAUGCGACGGUCAGUAAUGUGGACAUUACCACUUUGCUCAAACUUCGUUUAACCGACCACUUUUUAAAAGGUGACAUUAGAGGCGCCUUGGUUUCCAACUGUCUUCCCGUCACAUGAAUGCAGCGCCGCCCGCGAGCCUCGGCCGGUCCUCCUUCAUCCGCCGUUUAGAGAUACGGAGGAGAAGGAAUCCCCGUCACCGUUUGUCUUCAUCACUCGUCUUCUCGUCUCCUGAGAAAAACAAACACAUUCGCAACUUUUUAAAACGCUCAUGACUUUUUCUUCGGUCGAACUUUGUUCUUCACGUUUUGUGUUUUUUUCUCCUCCGCGCUGAGGAAUCCGAUCGGACCGCUCGAGGACCGACGUUUUAUCCGCUCUCGGGGAGUCGCCGCCUCUCGAAGCGCUCGCCGAUCGCUUAUUUUACUCCCAUCGGUCAAAUUUCAUUCGACAUCCCGGAUGCUUCACACCUUCUGACUGAUUUUAAGAUUCAUUCAUAAAGUUUCAAAGCAAGUUUGUGGUGAUCUUUUGUAAAAAAAGAAAAGAAAAGAAAAAGAAGUUGUACACAUACAUGUUUGUGAGACACUGCUGUUCACGUUUUCGUUUGAAUGAAAAAGAACGUGUUGUAUUUCUCGAAGAAAAAAAAGGAGGAAUAGAAAUGUGUUCACUCCGUGUGACCGUGGAGCCGCCUGUGAAGUCUGAUUGUCCUUUUCAUUUGUUUUUUUCGAUAUUCAGCAUUUUUUUCGGGUUUCUUUUUUCUUCUUCUUUCUUCUAUUUUUGGCAAUAUUUGUCAAAUGAGAUGUACACACGGUCGGUCACUUUGAACUUCGUUUCCCAUGAGCGUCUCGGGUGAAAACACUCCUUUAAAGUCGUCUUACGCUCAAACGUCUCGAUAAGCGCUGGUGAUUUAGACAUUUCCGAUGGCGCUUAAAGGCACCAUUUGAUUGCAGAUGCUCAUAGGAAACGGUUGUACUCGAGAUUAGGAGAUUUUAGGAUGUAGGUGAAUAUAAUUGUUGCGGAAAUCUAAAAAAUAAUUGUGUACUUUUUCUCUCUCCUGUUUUUCACUCCUCACUUGUCCUGAGGGAUUAUGGGUAAUAAAUGCUGUGGAGAGGAGCCAGUAUCUGGUCCACGUUGCUGCAGUUUCUUUUGAACCCAAACGCAUGCUGGCGACAGGAAGUGGUCGUCUGGCCGUGUUUGGUAUCGGCGCGGCCAGGCGGAGUUUCCUGAAUAUCACUAUGACUGUUACUGAGUAACUGACUUAUCUCUGGUGGUCCUUGAUGUUUGCUUGUUUUGUGUCCAUGAGGUGCCAACACUGCCAGCACCGGUUCUGAACACGGAGCUCUGGGCUCUGGGCCGGUCCACCGGUCCGUUGCCCCCCCCCCCCCCCCCAACUGUCGAGUAAGCGCUGAGGGUUCAUGAGCGUGUUAGCCCAGGAGGGGGCGGAGUCUCGGUCCUCGGUGGAAGGUUCGGUCCCGGCGUGGUUUCAUUUCCUGCUGGCGGGUGAAAUGAGGGCAGAUGAGAUUUAGAGGUCAGAGGUUUAGAGGUCAGAGGUUUCCAGGUCGCGCACGGCAACGAGUUCGUCCUCCUCGCGCCGGCCGCGUCGUCUCGUGUCGGACGGAGGCCACGAUGUCGUGGCGGGAUUCUAAACCAUCGCUGAACUUUAUAGCUUCAGCUUUCGGUCCAAACGAGUUCUAUUCUCAGAACCUCUGUGGCGCGCUGCUCGUGAGGCGUUCAAGGCCAAUACGACAAAGUAGUGCUUUUCUUUUCCUGAAUCGCGGGUGUACAUUUCCCUGUCGGAAUCUCAGCCGACUGCAGUCGCUCGCCGGUCGGCGGACGCGAUGGUUUGAAAUCAAAGUUGCGAAUGAGUCGAGGGGUUGUUGAUCUUUUUGUGUUUGUGAGGAGAAAACGAGGGAGCGCGCGUGUGUGUGUGUGUGCGUGUGUGUGUGUGGGGGGGGGUCCAUGUAAAAAGAUGUUAUUUGCACAGCAUUCACAGAAUGCAGCCCUUUGGUUUUUUUUCCUUUUAUUUUUAAAAAUUAAGCACUACUAUACAAAUAUAAAUAUAUAGUGUACAUAUAAAAAGAAUAAUAAAAAAAAACACCCGAAGGAAUGAAUGUCAGAAUUGUUUAAAUUAUUGCAAACAUUAUGUUUGGCCCCCUUUUGGUUCAUUAUAUUUGUGAUGAGCUGAGAAUGUGUUUUUUUUUAAACGAUUAUAAAUAUUGCUAUAUAACUAUCAUAACCAUUAUUUUGUGUGAUGACAGUAAUAAUCCUUUUGUAUAACUCCAACUGUAAAACCAGCUGUAGACGUUAGUCCGGCACUGUGUGGCUGACCCGACACGAACCUGCUCUGUCGCUCUGUGUAAUAUAAGCUAAUAUAGACGCAGUACUGUAGUGAGCUUGCAUGGUAAUGACGACAUAAUAGUAUGAAUAACACGAUGUAUUGUUUAUAUCAUUUGUGCCAUGAAGAAGCAGCAAUAACACGAGUUUUGCGUGGAGGUUUUACAGUAUCGGGGUCACGGGGUCAUGUGCGGGAUUGACUUUGUGUGAAUAAUCGAGGUACAAAACUCUUUGUUUGUUUUCAGCCUGACACACACAGUCACAAAUAAAGUGUUUCUACCACUGUUGUGAGCAUAAUGUUCAUGUUGGCGCUGCUGAAAAACCAAAAUAAGCAUCACAUUUUAAAAGGGGAAUAGGGAUGGAUAAGCCAGCCAGAUGUCGCGUCUGAAAACGUUCUAGUAUUUGUCAUGAUUCAAAAGAGUGGAAACAAUCCAGCAUCAAUCUCUGAAGGGCUUUUCUUUGAAUUCGUAGGUUUUUUUCUUCUUCUUUUUUUGCCGAACCAGGCGAGCCGUGGAUUUGUUUGACGCCUCAGUUUAUUUCAAACAACUUGGUUUGACGUUGCGCCUGCAACCGAGUGGUCAAAUUCACCCUGUGAGCUGUAAUGUCGUCGUCUCCGUGGGCGACGGCUCGCCUCGCGUCACACACCUGGAGUUCACGGCACAGGUUUCUGUCAAAGAUGUCUCCUCAGAAUUAUGAAAAACAAAAUGUUGGGGUGUCGUGACGGCAACAGACAGGAUGAGAUAAUUUACUGUAAAGUGUUUCAUGUCAUUUCGUUCCCCCUUUUUUUAAAUCAUACACAUUUUAAAGGACAACUAGUUACUUAAAGAUGCUCUCAAGACAGAUAAAUAAGAUUUGUGACAUCUUUGAUAUUGAAUUCUGCUGUAAAUUCUUUGGACCAGAGGUUUCUUGCACCCUGCAGGUCAUCUACAGGUUGUGUGUUUGAUCACAUCGAUAUAUUGUAUGUGUGUAUGUAUCUAUAAUUGUUUUCUUACUUUGUGAAUGCUUUUUCCCCAUUUUCUCCCUUCAUGAACAGAAAGGCGGAGAAAAUACAAAUCGGUAAAACAAACAUUGACACGUGAAAAAUAAAAUUGACAAGCUUGUCACGUCAGUUCUCUUGAUUCUUAAGUCAAAUAAAGUAAACUGUUGACCGGG